AUGGGUAUCCAGGAUUUCCAAACAUUCUUAGAUAGCAAUUGCAUACCUGGUGGUGCAGUGACCGUGGAUUUGUUAAAAAUUGCACGACAAGUUAUUCAAAGACAGCGAAAUCGCCUUAACAAAGCUCAAUCAUCCCACCCACCAUUAUUACGUCUUGUUUUGGACGCCGAAUGUUGUCUAGACCGCCUUUACGGUGGAUAUUUUUCAGACUGGGCUUGUGGUGGACAAUGGAAUCGUAUGCUCCAGUUUCUCGCUAUUUUAAUUCAAGCAACUGAGCUGUCAGGGGCUGACUUGGUUGUGUUUUUCAAUGGCUGUAAUGAAGUUCCGCGUCGUUCUGAAUGGAUUCAGCAGCAACUUCAAAUGCGUAAUAAAGUUAAUAAUGUUUUAAAGCAUAUUGCUACUAAGGGUACACCACCGCCAAAAAUUUGGUGGACACCUCCUGUAUGUUUACGCACUAGCUUACGUAUGGCACUGCGUCAUUUAAAAGUAUCUGUGAUGUGUAGUAUGGAUGAUCAUCAUCAAGAAGUAAUAGCUUAUUGUCGUGAAAAUAACUUUAAUGGGCUUGUUGCUGAUGACGGAGAGUAUGCAGCUUUUGAUCCACCUCGUUAUUUUUCUUCAGAACAAUUGAAACUUACGUACAAAGGAUCUUUGGACACAAAAGAAUAUUUAAUGUCAGAAGUUAAUAAAUCACUUGGAAUACCAUCAGACCGAUUGUGUAUACUAGCUGCAUUGCUUGGAAAUUAUAUUCUUACUGAACAAGAACUUACAGAUUUUUAUAAAAAAUUGAAUAUCAAUAUAACUGGUCCAAACAAAACAAAUAUUGAUCAAUCUAUUAAAAUAAUCGCGACAUUUGUUAAGGACCUUCCAUCGACUGACAAAGACGUAUUAGCUCAAAAAGUAUUUGGCUCAACGUCUGAUCCUAGAUGUUCUAAACUCCACCAGUCCGUCCAAUAUUAUAUUAAUGGAACAAAGGAGGGAUUUUUGCAUUAUAAAACAACUAAGCCAACUAAAGGAACUCACAAACCAGACAAAAAAAAUCCUGUUGUAAACCAGCAAAAUUCAACAGAAGCGACGACACCUGACGAGAAUUGUGCUAUGGGAACCUCCCGAUUUGCCUCGGAAACGGCGGAGAGCGAGCGUGAGAGUUUGGAUGCCUACAAUCAGGCAACAGCAAACGCUAAAGCUGCACCACAAAUAGUUAUCGAGCCACCACAGCAGUCUCAAGGAGACGGUGAUGUUAAAACCGAUGACGAGCAACCUGCUACAGAACCUGCUGUUAAUGGUACACACAGUAAUUUAUCAACAAGCUCACCGAAUUCUAACGGCAGUUCAUCAGUAACUUCUCCAUCACAUCCUACCACGGGACAAACUAAAGUCGCUGAUAAACCUGUCAGUAUUCCAACUACUGUGCCAGAAGUAAUGAGAACUGCCUCUGAACGUCACCAAAAAGGUUUAAUGUCUCCUCACAUUUAUCAAAUUCUCGCGACGGGUGAAAUAAAAUUACCCGUUUUACUGGAAGAUGAAAAUCAACGGGAGUUUCCAUCUAUUCAUAUCAUUUAUCGACCGGUGAGGCAAAUGGUCUACGCUAUUUUGUUUAAUCUUCAUCAUCAAAUAUUUAUGGCUACUAAGAAUAAAGAAAAAGGAGAUGAAAAAAUCGAAGUGCCUGAUAUUGUAAUUAAAGAGUGGGUAUGGUCAAAAACAAAUCCAUACCAAACACCAGAGCUGAUCAAAGCCGAACAGAUUGGCUGGGGUGUACCGACAAUUCAACGUUUGUGGUUCGGUACUGGCAUUGAAGAUAAACGCCGUCGACUUCGUGGAUUUCUUACAUGCAUGAAAUCAGAUACUUCACUCAUGUUGAAUAUUUCUUAUGUACCACAGCACCUGUUGGUCAUGGCUUGCGUACUGAGAUACAUCAUGUAUUUUUCGGACAAAACAAAAAUAUUACGUCGUCAGGAACUUGAUGCUUUUAUUGUCCAAGCAUUUUCACCGGAUUUAAUGAACCCGCAAUACCUCCAAGAUCUUCAGCUUCCACUCGUAACAUUCCGUGGUGUUCAAUUGGCAACUCUGUUCAUGGCUGGUGUGGAAACAGCUUUAUUGGCUAACGAUGCUUGUGGUGCCCCAAUCCCGUGGCUGAUGUGUUGUCCAUGGUUGUUCUUUGACGGCAAACUAUUCCACCACACUCUAGCUCGUGCAGCAGUGGCUAAAAAUCUUCUUGAGCUCUGUGGGGGCCAUAUUGAUCGCGUAGUAAAAGUCGAAAGAAUGCGUAAAGCCAUUAUCGAGGGAUUUAAUCCUGUGUACGCUCGGCCUCCACAACCACCAAUAGCCUCAAACUUGAUUCCUGGAUUCCGAUCACUGGGGCUAACACCCAACGGUCUACCAGUUAGCUGUGCAUUGAAUGACACGCAAAAUCGUGCUCGUGUCAAUCGACCUGUCAACGUUUUACAGCGUGAAUUAAUUCGCAGACCUGUACCUUCUCGUGGAGGUCAGCUAGAAAUUGCUGGAGUCGUCGUUGGUCAAUGGGGCGCUAACUACGGACAACCUGGAAGGAUCCAAGGUCCUCAGCCAAUCCAAGGCCAUCUUCGUGGUCGACUCCCUCAACAGGUGCCAUUUCCACGCUUAAAUACUCGUAUGUUUCAACCAAGAGGAGGUAAUAAUUCAAUUGCUACUCGCGGAAAGAAAACUCAAAUGAAAGCUACGAGCAAAAAAAAGUCUGCUGUUAAAAAAAAUCAAGAAAAUGAUAUGAAAAAAGAUUCGAAAAAUCGAGACAAUUCGGUUGAUGAAGUCAACGCAGAUGCCUUCUCUAAAUUAUUGGUGAAAGACGUAAAUGCCAAAGAAAAAACAGAAUCUAAUCAACAAACAGAGAGUGCUGUUAACGGUGGUGGCAAGCCCGUAGAGAAGGGCCAGGGCGAUGCAUCUUUAAAUGUAUCACAAACGGUAAAAGAUAAUUAA